CUCGCCCCAUGCGGACUAAGAAGGCGCCCUAAGGACUGUGACUGCCCUUCGAUCAUCUCCACUUCCCAUCUCCCCCUCUAAAGACGACGACGACUUCUUGCCAUCCUGAGAUUUCUUCAAAUGACUGCUUUUUCCCUCUUCUGAAUCCUCGUCUCAUUGUCGCCGACGUCCGCUCUUUACCUAUUCACCAACCCUGUACACAACGAUGUUCGUGCGUUCCAUCCUUCUGGGUGGCGCAGCCGCCAUGGGCGCCAGUGCGAUGCUGGUUAUCCCCGAGAUGGAGCCCCAAGUGGAGGCGGUUGAGGAUGGCUUCAUGAAUGUCCACCCCAUGCUGCUGGAGGAUAUCCGUCACGCGGUGGUCGACGUUCCUUGCAGGGAAUGUCCCUUCCGUGAAGUCGACCAGGAGGGCGCCGUCAGCUGGACUGAGGGCAAGUCAUCGUCUUUGAUGUUGGAUUUCUCCAUUGAAGACAACCGCCUGCUCGCCAACGGCCAACAAAUUUUCCCUCCCGUUCCCCCCAGCCCUGUCCGCGCCAUCCAACAACUCGAAGAUGGCGAGGCCACGGAGCCUAUGCCCGUCGGCUAUGCCCUAGAGGUGAUGCCUCUGGGAUCUCCCGACGACACUCCCGGAACCGAUCUCCUCGAUGUCCGCUUCACCAUUCUCGAUCUCGAGACUCACCCCGUCCCUGUCGACACUGUCGCCAUCACCCUGAUCCAGGACCCCACCGGCGAGCUCUACAUCGCUAAGACCGAGAUUGAGAAGACUGUGCCUCCCCCCGAGCGUCUGUCCUGGAAGAAGUGCAAUGGCAAGGCCAAGUGCAUCCAGGAGCUUCUGCUUUCUCGCGUGCGUGGUCUAUUUGCCGCUGCUCAUGACCGCGUCCUUGGCCAGGCUGGCAAAGGUGGCCGCAAGAAGGGCUGCCAUGGCAAGGGCAAGGGCCCGAUGGGCAUGGGUGGCCACCAUGGUCCUCCCCAGCACCACGACGACUUCCCUGAGGGCGCACCGCCAUUCCCCGAAUUUGAAGACUUCGCCAUGGAGCACCAUCGCGGUGGCCCCCACCACCCCCAUGACGAGGGUGACUUUGGCGCUGAGAUGAGCGACCGCCCGCCCCCUCCUCCCCACGGCCAUGACGGUCACCAUCACCCACCUCCCCCUCACGGCGCUUUCGCCCACACUUUCUCCCGUGUUCUUCGCUUCAUUGUCGUCCCUGCCAUCCUCGGUGUCAUUGCGGGAUUGACCGCCAGUGCCGUCGGAAUGCUCGUUGGCCAGGCUAUCAUCUUCCUCUGGCAGCGCUACCGUGGCAUCAAGCCACAGGAGCACAAGGCUGCCUGGGAACAGGGUGACGCUUGCGAGAAACAGGGUUUGAUGACUGAGACCUCGGUGGCAUCUGAUGAGAUCCUUCCCGAGUACAAUGAGCCCACCUCCCGACGGGGAUCCCUGGAUAAGAAUUAAACAUUCUUAUAUUCUAAGUACCUGUCCUUUUUCAACAUCUUAUCCUCCCCCAAUACCCUCUUCAUACCCGGAUUCAAGAUCCAAGGGCACGCCCAUUAAUUUCAAACGCAAACGCAAGAAUGCUAUACUGCUGGCUGAGCUUUGAUUCACUUCCAUGACCUAUGUCUCUUACCUAUAUCCUUUCUUUUCACUACUCUCUUGAUGUCCAGCUUGUACAGCGCAUUUCCUACAAUAAAUUCUUCUCGCUUGUAUC